AUGGCUCGUACACCUGAACCAUUCACUGCCACCAAGUGUGAUGCUUCCGAGUCCCCUCCUGGACAGCAUGAUCCUAAGCGUAGCCGGCCAACCUUGGAUGACUCUGACCAGGAGAUGGAACAGUUGAUGGACAACGUUGAGCUUGAUGAGGAGGAGGAUGACUACUAUGAUGAAGAAGAGACCCCAGCUAAGAAGAAGAAGGUGAUGGUCAUCUAUGAGGAUGAUGAUGAGGAGGACAAUGAGAAUGACCUUGGAGGAUAUCAGGAGCCAAGUUCCCAGAAGAUCAAGCCCAAGACUGCUGCCACCUCUGCUGGUCUGAGGUCCAAAGUCUCUGCUAAACCUGUCUCCAAAGCUCCAAACCCUGAGUCUUAUGGUCAGGUCUUGAAAGCAUCUAGACGUACCUCUGAAGACAAGAACAUUGAGGUCGAAGCUGCUGAGGAUCCAGCUAAGCUCCCACCGUAA